GAGAAAGAUGGAAUGACGCAAGCCUAAAAAAAGCGCGCAAGUAUCCAAACAUUCCAAACCAAACACACAGUUGUAAGACGAAGAAGCUGCCGUAGCGGAGUUUGGUCGUCAUUGUGCGAAAAUGGCGGCCGUGUUAGACGAAGUCGGCAAGUCAGCUGAAAAGCAGGUGGACGAGGAGAAGAACGAGAUCGUUGACGUGGAAGAGGAAACCGGCGCCGCCGAAGCUUCGAAGAAGAAGAAGAAGAAGAAAAAGAAGAAGAAGGCCGGUGCUGGAGAAGCCAGCGCAGAUGUCCCGGAAGGGGAAGACGACAAAACUAAAGAUGACGAUACGGUGGCCGAAGGCGCAGCAGAGACGGCUGAGAAUGACGGCGAGAGCGAAGAGGUGAAGAAGAAAAAGAAGAAGCGCAAGCCCCGAAACAAGGGUGGCGCAAAACAACAGACCGAUCCGCCUAGUGUUCCCGUGUCGGAAUUAUUUCCGGAUGGCAAUUUCCCCAUAGGAGAAAUAAUGGAUCAUCCACCUGCCGCCGGGAUAGAUCACAGAACGGCAAAGGAUCGUUUCACAAGCGAGGAGGCGCGCGCCCUCGACCGUAUGCACAAUGACAUUUAUAACGAGGCGAGACAAGCCGCCGAAGCUCAUCGCCAAACCAGAAAGCAUAUUAUGAAAUGGGUAAAACCGGGAAUGACCAUGAUAGAGAUCUGCAACGAAUUAGAAGAGACUGCUCGAAAAUUGAUCGGGGAAGACGGUCUCAAGGCUGGAUUAGCGUUCCCAACCGGAUGUUCCCGCAAUCAUUGCGCGGCGCAUUACACCCCGAACGCUGGCGAUCCGACCGUUCUUGAGUACGACGACGUCACCAAGAUUGAUUUUGGGACGCAUAUUAACGGUCGUAUUAUAGAUUGCGCUUUCACCCUGACGUUUAAUCCGAAAUACGACAAGUUGAUCGAAGCUGUUCGCGACGCCACCAACACCGGUAUCAAAGCUGCGGGUAUUGACGUGCAGUUGUGCGACGUUGGCGCUGCCGUUCAAGAAGUCAUGGAGUCCUACGAGGUUGAACUGGACGGGAAAACUUAUCUGGUGAGAUCGAUUAGGAAUCUGAAUGGCCACUCCAUUGCGCCGUAUCGCAUUCACGCAGGAAAAACCGUACCAAUUGUCAGGGGUGGCGAAGCGACGCGUAUGGAGGAAAACGAAUUCUACGCGAUUGAAACUUUCGGUUCCACCGGUAGAGGUAUAGUUCACGAUGACAUGGAGUGCUCGCAUUACAUGAAGAGCUUCGACGCCGGUUUCGUGCCAUUACGAUUACAAAGCAGCAAGUCUCUUCUCAACACCAUCAACAAGCAUUUUGGUACUUUGGCUUUCUGCAAACGCUGGUUGGAUCGUGUUGGUUGUACCAAAUAUCAAAUGGCGCUAAAGGAUCUUUGCGAAAAGGGCGCCGUAGAGGCGUAUCCACCGUUGGUAGAUGUCAAAGGUUGCUACACCGCUCAGUUCGAGCACACUCUCGUCCUGCGUCCAACGUGUAAAGAAAUUAUUUCUCGUGGAGAUGAUUAUUAAAUUUUUUUUUUUUUUGUGUUUCCAAUUUUACACAAUUUCUCAAGCUACAACGCGCAGAACUAAACAUGUGAAAAAUUAAAACAUUACAAUGGAAAACUUUUUUUGUUUUCCCUCUCUCUCUCUCUCUUACUCGAUUAAAGAGAGAAGAUCGAUCUAUUCUCCGAAAUAUACAUUUUGAACAAUCGAGAUAUGCUAUCAAGAAGUAUUAUAAAACAAUGCGUGUGCGAACACACACGCGUUUUGUUUUGCUGCUGAUAAGCAAAAAUUAAACAAACGCGCAUUUAUCAAGACUCAUUUAUUUAGAUAAUCGCUCUUAGCAGCGAGAGUUAAAUCGAGGUUUUGUUUUCACAGGAAUUAUUGUUGAUUAUCAGAACGCAAUUGAUGAUUUAAUCUUAUCUUUUACGUAACACGCGAUGAACAUGUGAAUAAGAAUCAUCGCUACAAUAUAACAUGUUACAUAAAUGUUUCCAACGUAAACAAAUGGUUUCUGUAUUAUUAUAUGCGUGUCAUUGAGGAAGUUUGUUUUUUUUUUGCACUUGGGUUUUUUUCUUGUUUUAGCGAUGUUGGAUUUUUUCAAAAUAUAUAUUAGCUUACACUGGUUCGCAUUUCUCUGUUGAUCCUUUUUUCUUUUUUAAAGAUAUUUUUUUAUAAAUUACACUUUGGAAAAAAAAUGCUCUGUGUUCGUUCAUCUCGUAACGUCCUUUUAUUCGUUUUCUUUUACACGAUGAAAUGAAAAUAAUACUUAGAGUUAAAUAUAUAUACUUGGAAUUCGACUUAUUCGACCUUGUCCUUGCGGUCCUUGAAUACAAACAAUUAAGUGUUGGAACGUAGUCCUAGCAUAUACAUGUGACAAUUGUACAAAACAACCUAUUCAUCUCUGUGGCUUCUCUUUGAGUGUGAGAAUUUAUAUUUUUCCUCACGCUUUUAAGCGCGAAUUGUGUGUUAUAAAACAUCUCGUGAAAUUGGUUUUUAAAUUAAAAAAAAAAAAAAAAAAA